CAAAGGAAACUGUAAGAGACGCGUUCAAUGCAUUUUCCAUUUUUCAUUGUUUCAAAGUUUUCUGGAAGUAUUCUUCUGCGGAGCCUAAUUAAACCUGUUGAACCGUUCUUUCUACUACAUAUAUAAAUAACAUACUACAUAUACUCUACUACAUAUAUAGAUAACAGAUCGAGUUCACAUAGUGAUAUAACCGUGCACAGCCAGAUAGUUUGACAAAAGAAUUCGGUGUUGAGAUCACAGCGUGCCAUAUACUUGAAGCGCCACUUUGAUGCUUAGCGCUUGUCUCGAGUAAAAAACCAUAUAUUUCUCAUUGGAUCUUAUAACUAUAUAUUUUAAUUAACGUAGACUUUCAAAUUAACAUCGAUGACUUGGAAUGGUUUUUAAAUAUAUCAACAAAACACAGAAAGAAAAAUACGAAAAAUGAUCUACGCUUUUUAUAGACAUGUGGGUUUCUCUUUACUUACUGUAUUAACUGUUUUAGCAGGAUCUGUAGAUUCUCAAUAUGGAUCACGGGAUUACAGAGGAUCAAUAAGAGGAUCGCAUGUGAAGAGACCACAUCCGUGUGAACAGAGUUCGUGUUAUCCUGCGACUGGAAACUUAUUAAUCGGCCGCAAAAAUAAACUGAGUGCUUCAUCGACAUGCGGUCUAAAGGGUCCGGAAAGAUUCUGUAUUGUUUCACAUCUUAAAGAAAGAAAAAAAUGUUUCUUUUGCGAUGCAUCGAUACCGAAACAGCAACACAAUAUUGAAAAUAUUGUCAGCGGAACGUGGUGGCAAGCCGAGAAUGGAGUAGAAAAUGUUACGAUACGCUUUGACCUCGAGGCUGAGUUUCACUUUACACAUAUUAUUAUUCGCUUUCAAACGUUUCGACCUGCUGCCAUGCUGAUCGAAAGAUCAUACGAUUUUGGAAAGACUUGGCAAAUAUAUCGGUACUUUGCACACAACUGCGAACAUUAUUUCCCUGGAAUACCUAUUUAUCAACCUCAAAGUUUGACGGAUGUCAUUUGCGAAACACGAUAUUCGGCUGUUGCACCAUCCACUGGAGGUGAUGUAAUUUUCAGAUCCGGAGAUAUCUUUGUUGUCGAUCGUGGCUUCCGGGACGUCAAAGAGUACUCAGAAAAUAAAAAUUUUCAAGUGCUUAUGCCAGUUUUAAAAGAAAUGAUGGAUGAGUCCGGAAAGAUUUACAAACAGUUUGUAAAAGAAGAAAGUAAUAUAUUGAAAGCUCAAGUCCAGUCACGUCACAUGAGCAGGAAAGAGUACAAAUGUUUCGUGGAAUAUACACCACACAGCAUUGGAUACAACGGGGUGACAAAAUAUUGCUGUGAGUGUGCAAAUGGAUUUCGAACUAUUGGAUGCUGCUCACAUGUCGCAGCGAUUAUUUAUUAUUUGGCUUAUGGGAGAUAUUUAGCACGGAUUCCAAAGCCAGCUGAAAUACUAAGUCAAUUAUUUACUAAAGAUAAAAUUAACGUCGUAAUUGAAGAAGAUAGUGACAAAGACUGA